UAAUUUGCUUUUGGGCACUUUCGGCAUGACAACCAAUCAUCCUAUAAAACUAUAGAAACCCAAAAAAGGCAACUCUUUUUCACUCUCCUCCCUCUUUCCUUCUCCGAGAAGUUUGAGGUUGAGACUGAAGAGUGAUCACAACGGAACGCGACUUCGUUCGGUUUCAUCCGCCUUCAAGCUAGCACGGUUCUUAGUUCAUCUUAUGCUGGAAAGAUGGAGAUGGAAGCAACUCCAUCAACAGUUCUGUAUACUGAUGGUGAUAGCAAGAACCUGGAGCUGUUGCUUGAUAUCUUUGGGUCUGUUGUGUCUCUGAAAGAAAUUGCUGCAGCUUAUUGUGAAGCAAAUCGGGAUCCAAUUAUUGCUUUUGAUAUACUUGGAGGUCAGCAAGUUAGCACCUCUGGAACUACUUCCUCUGAGUCAGAAGAAAAAAUAGAGGAUUCUGUUACACUGACUUCUGAAUCUGAAUUUGAGGAAGUUGGGGAUUCUGUGAUAUUGACUUCUGAAUCUGUAUCUGAGGUUGAUGCUAGGAGAGCUGGUCCCAGUUCAUCAAAGCAGAAAAAGUUAUCAGUGUCUAUGGGGACUGUCUCAAGCAUGAUCCCAAAAGACUAUAUGACAAAUAGGCCACUAAUCACAGAAACUUCUACGAGAACCAAGCCACUUAAAUUAAGCGCAGAUGAUGUUUUUAUGCCAGAGCUAAAGGAUGAGAAAGCUUCAUUAGGCGCUGCAGCUAUGAGUGAAACCCUGCCCAGCAGUGUAGAGGAAUUCCUCUUCAAAAUGCUCGGAAGUGGAUUCUCUCUUGACAAGAGUGUAAUUGAAGAUGUUUUGGGUCAAUGCGGCUAUGAUCUGAACAAGAGUAUGAAUAAGCUGCUAAAUAUGUCAGCAUCAGCUUUGGGAAUGAGCGAUGAUAUUAUAAAUAUAGGUGUCGAGAAACCUGUGGAGAGUCCAGAUUUUGCAUCAGUUGCAUCGCAAGAGACACCUUCAAUGUUAGAUCCAGCCAUCUGUUCCAAAGCAAAUAAUAAGACUAAAAAUGGGCUCAACUUAUCUAAGAGGGAGCAGGACAGGUAUGAUCUUCAAAAGGAAGUUCUGCUGGCAUUGUUUGAUGCACCUGCAAGACAUGAUGAUGUGGAUGAGGUUAUUCGUCCAUUGAGGGAAGUUGGGAAGUCUAGGAGAUCAAGUCACGUUGUGGAGAAACCAUUACAGGAUACUUUAGAACGCCAGAUUCUUAUCAGGACACCAAAUGAUGCAAAAAAUGGUGAGGAGAAUGAAGAAAGCUACGAAGUUCUUCGGAAAGCUGUAAAGGAGUACUGGAUUACAAUGAAAGAGUACUAUAAAGCAGCUUCUGAAGCAUUUUUCCUGGGAGAUCAUGAUAAGGCAGGCAAAUUCCUGGAAGAGGGACAAUUUUUCAUGAAGAAGGCGCAAGAGGUUGAUGGACGAUCCUCUCAAAAGCUUCUUGAAACCAGUGGCAGUUCCAGCAAAGAAAUUGUGGCAGUCAACCUUCUCGGUUUGGAGCCAAAGGAUGCUGUGCGCGUACUCCAAACUCAGUUGAAUUCUCUUUGUGGUUUCUCAUCUAUUCCAUAUCUCAAAAUUUUAGUUGGGAUCACUGCCGAAGAAGCCAAAGGUCCCCGGAAGCAGCUGGUGCUUAAAUUUUUGAAGAGGGAUUCUAUAGCGUGGACGGAGCAAGAAGAUGGCUUAGCACUUGUGAUAAGAGCGGAUGUGAUAGAUCCGAGGAAAAUGACUUUUGCUAAAAAAUCAGCUAAAAGAUAAACUGCCAGAGUCGGAAGGAUGAUUGAUCGAACUGCGAGCUCUGCAUCAACUUGGUUCUUGUUAAAUGCUUCUGCAUUUUUCAUGAAACAAGAAACAGCCUUGGGUUUUUGUCCCUUUUUGCUUACAAAAAGACUUAUAUUUUCCCUCUUAAUUCUCAAGCCGGUGAACAUUUUUUUUGCUUAGGCACCAAUUUACUUGGUAAAAACUAGUUACUUUGCAAAUCGAUUUCAGAUGUACUGUGGAUUAAUCAUGCAUUUGCUUUCUCUUA